CGGACAUUGGUUUUCCAGCGGUUGAGUUUUAAUUUUAUCCGUGUGCCUCGAGAAAAAAAACAAAACAAGGAUAAGAUGGCAGUGGUCGAAGUUUACAUGGUCGCAAGCGUGGUGCUCGCGUGUGUUUUGUCGCCCGUUCAAGUUGAAAGCAAAGCUAUUGUUCAGAGGAGAGAUACUGCGCAGUGGUGCUCCAGGUCCACGCCUUGUGGCUGGGAGGUGUACAGGCCUUUCAUGAGGAAUGUUGAAUACUUCAUCAAAAGCCCGUGCGAUUGUCAGCAGGGCAGCCACUGCGUCCGAGUCUUCGACGACAUCUCCAUCUCCGCCUACGUGUACCUGUGCAGGUCUCAGAAUGAGGACAUAGCGGUGUGGCCGCACGACAACUACAGCUCACAGACCCCGGCCAUGGUCUGAAUACUCCCCCCCCCCUCCUUCACCCCUCCUCGCAUACCCAUGUCGCUUUUUAUUAUUUAUUGCCUAUUUAAAUCCGAUUCGUCAUUUUGAGAAGUGUAUGUACAUAUACAUGUGCUGGUCUUUUUCAUUAUCAUUAAACUCUUUGUAAGCCA